CGAUAGAUCAGUUAAUGUAAAGAUGCUGACUAGAAAUCAUGAUGAACGCGCAAAAAUAUUCUUGUAAAAUGUUGUCCGAUGUCUUCUUUGAUUGGUGAAGUGAAGUAAAUAAAAUAACAGUAAAUGGUUAUAAUGAAUAUUCAGCAAUUUCCAGUUAAUAAAGUGUAAAAAGAGGCAAAAAAAUAAUAAUAUUGAAAAGAAAUCUUAAAAGAAAGAAAUGAAAAGCGAAAACUACUGUUUUUAUUGCAAUUAGACAACAACUGCAACAACAAAACUAAAGAAAAAUUGUAUUGCAACAAGUGUGUGCUUUUGUGUGGAAAUUUCUAAAUCAGUUUGAAAUAAUAAAUACAAAUUAGAAAUAGAGUAAUAACAACAAAAUCCAAUAAAUGUUUAAUACAAGUUUUGACCCGGUCAUUGUAUAUGUGCGUGCGUAAAGCAAAGAUUAUAAUUAGAAAAAAAUAGAAAUAAUCUAGAACGUUAUGUUUGAAACGAACAGCUGCAGUUAGUAUUGGAAUUAAAAAUAUUUUAACGCUCUAAAAUAAUAAAUAAUUUAAAAAAAAAUAUGUCAAAACAAUAUUGCAAUUUUAGUGUAGUAAUUAUUUCUUAUUUAAAUCUUAUAAAUGCCGCCAGUAUUUCUUUACAUCCUUUAAUUUCUUCAACAUACAAACCCUCUAUUUUACUACUGCCACCCGGAUUUGAGUCACCAAAGGCUCCACAUCAACCAAUGUUGUAUCCAUAUGCAGUUUCCUCAGCCAGCCUUGCUUCCAGACCAACAUCGAGAACUCUGCAAGCCAGUACAACAGCUGGUUGGAUUCCUUUGGCUGCAAAGGAUUUACCCUUAAUACCAACAACUCCAACAUUGAAUUCCUAUUCUGUACCAGUUUUAGAAGAUCGCAUUUCACAUGAUGAACGACAAUAUUCAUCGCCUUUAAAUAAUGAUGGUCCUGUAUUUGAAUCUAUAGUUUAUGGUACUUGGAAGCCAGAUCCGCCUUUACAACCGGUUAAAAUAUUGAAUGAUACAAAACAACAACAAAAACAACAUAAUGGUGGCAGCAUAAACAUCAAUGCUAGUGGUCUGGUUGUUGAUGGAAAUGUUUAUAAUAAAACUAUAAACAGGCAACAUGGUGGAUUUAUUGGUCACAUACAACAGAAACCAACAAAAGUCGACAGGCAAAGUCUGCAAAAAUAUAAAAAUGAAAAAUUAUCAACGACUUCAUCUUCAUUAGAACACAAAUCAAAAGAAUCUACGGAAAUGAGUUCAGAACAGAAGCUACAAAGAAAACUAAAAAAACAAGGUCGACAAAAAAUACGUCCAAUUAGCAGUACAACAGAACAAACCUUCAUUGAGCGAAAUCCAAAUAGAGAAGAAGCAACAACAACAACAACAGCAAUGACGCAAAAAGAAAAUAUUCAAUACCAACCAACAGUUGUCAUUAAAGUCAAUUCAACGGAUCCGAAAUUAAUGGAGGUGGUAAAACAAAUUAAUGAAUCUAUUGAAAUCAAAUACAAUCAUAAACAAACCUCAACACAUUCCAUUGACAUGAUGACAACAACAAGUGUUAAUAAUAAUGAUCGUAAAGAUGAUCAUAUUGAUGAUAGUAAUGAAGAAUUGGGUGUUUUAAAAACGCAAUUCGCUACAAAAUCAACUGAGUUUAUGAGCACCGAGCCACAAUUCAAUUAUGAAGACGAUACUGAUGAUGUAGCGGAAAUUUUAGAAAAUAUUAGUGCUACACGUAGGAGUUGGCCAACAGAUUUUAUGGAUGAAUCUUUAGAUACAACGGAGACCACUAAUCAACAAACUAAUCAAACAAAUGAGAUGAACUAUUCAGCGAUUGAUGGUAAUGAGUCCGAUCCCUCGGAAAUACCUUUUUCAUUGAGUGCUUUAAACAUACCACCAUCGUUGUGGCCCAAAUUACCCGGUAAUAUUACUAAAUUGGGAAAACCCUACCAGACGCAAAGUUCAGCCGAGGAACCAGCACUCUGUGUACCCAUCACGGUGCGAGAACAAAAUAUGAUCAAUUCAAAGGAACUGGUUUACAUCGAAAGAGUAUUCUGUUUUCCUAUGCCUCCUUCAACUACUACAUCUGAAAAUAGUUCAAUCACUGGUAGCACGACUACCUUAAGAUCCGCCACUAAGGCAAAAGUUCAGAAUUAUAAUGAUUUUAUUGAUUCAACUUUAAGAGUGACAAAUAUAUCGAAUAGUAAUUUUAAGAGUCAACUGUAUUUAGUAACAUUUAUUUUAACUAUUUAUUUUAAAUUUAUUGUUUAACAAUAACAAAAAUCUUUGUACAAAAUUUAUUAAUUAUGUAUUGCGUGGUUUUUUAUUUAUUUGAAAA